GCUGCCCAUGUUGCUUACAUUUGGGCAGCACGUCAACAUUUCCACAUCUCAAACAUUACAAUAAGAUAACAUCAAAUACUAUAUCACUCUACUAUCAUCUUCUUCAAUUCUUCAAUUAUUCCCUCAUUCCAAACACACCCUACCCUGAAGGCCUAAACCAUCAAUACAAUCCCAAAAAUGCAACACCACAAAAAACACAUCCUUUUCUCAAUCCUCCUAUUCCUCCUCCUUACACCUUCAUACGUAGGAGCUCAACAAGAAAGUUUCAAAGGAAACGCAGGGGAGCCCUUCACUCCAUCCACCAUAAUAAUCAUAAUUCUAGGAAUCAUCUUCAUGUUCACCGGCUGCCUUGCCGUUUUCCUCCGCCAAUUCUCCGCCGGCUGCUUCGGCCUUAACGUAAUCCCCAUCAACCCUGGCGUCACCUCCGAUGGCCAACUCGCCACCCAUGGCCUCGACGCCGAGGUGAUCAAGUCCAUCCCUACGUACUUCUACGCAGAUGUUAAACAACACCGCAAAGGUCAAGUUGAGCUAGAAUGUGCCGUAUGUUUAUAUGAAUUCCAAGACGCUGAAGCCCUAAGACUCUUACCAGGUUGCAAACAUGUUUUUCAUCCACGUUGUAUUGACCAAUGGCUUGCAACUCACGUUACAUGUCCUAUUUGUAGACAGUCACUAGAGCCUGAAUCAGGUACAAUAACUAAGCCUCAUAGUAUCAUCAAUAUUAUUAAUCCUGAUACAACGCAAAUUGAUCAAUCUGACGGCUCUAAUCAUGAUCAAGAUAAUCAUGUGGAGGAGGAGGAGUAUCAUGAUUGUAAUGACGUGAAGAAGAUUAUUGUAGGGAAGUUUCCUAGGUCACACUCGACCGGACAUUCUAUGGCCGGUUCAGAACGGUUUACCCUCGUGUUACCGGAGGAGGUACAAAAUAAUUUACCGGACCGGUCUAAAUUGUUGAGUUCUAUACUUAGCCCCAGAAGUGCAAUCCGGUGUGGGUGGUUUUCUAUGACUCCACCGGUUACGAACCCCCGGUCUGGCUCGGUUCGGUCCUUGGUUUCUUCCGGUUUAGUCAUCAACAGCUCUAAGAAAUUGGCUCUUCCUCCUGUUAAAACGUCUGCUGAUCGUUUAUGGCCCAUAUAAUAAUAAUAAUAUAAAAUAUAUUGAAAAUUAAAUUUGGUGAGUGCAUUAUUAAGAUAUAAUUUUUCCAAAUUUAUAUAUA